AUGAGACCUAAUGCGGUGCACGCAAGUCAAAGCCUAGCACAGGCCCAGGCAGAGGCGCAGGCGCAGGCAAUCGGUCUAGGUCCUUUUGGGCCUAUCUCUGUUGGCCCCGUCCCUCUCCCAGAUGUACCAGCCCCAGAAUGCUCUCAACCUGGAGACAUGUUCUACAAACAUUCAACCUGGGGUUGCGACAUCUGCGGUUGCUUUAGUGCAUACGAUGGCACUUUGUACACUAAAUGCGCAACCUGCAACUGCGGUUGUCCACCACCCCUCGUCAUACCUGGUCCCCCAAGGCCGGUCUACAUCCCAGUACCAGGGAAGAAAGUAUUAGUCCCUGUUCCCGUACCUGUUCCAGGACCCACACAAAAGGUCUACAUCCCUGGACCACCAGUCCCGUAUCCAGUAAAAGAAACUGUUCCGGUACCUGUACCCAGUCCUUACCCAGUACCUUCCCCGCCAGCGAUUGUAAAAGUCCCGGUUCCAGUGAACAGAUACAUCCCUGUUCCCGGCAAAAACGUCCUGGUUCCCGUGCCGGUACCGCGUAAUGUCAAUAGAUUCUUCCCUGUACCAGUAAUCAUUUACGUCGGACCGAAAUGUCAAAGAUACCCGCCCAACGUGCCCUUCAAAGUACCCGGAGACGUAUGCAACAUCCACGUUUGCAGAAUCAAGUACAACUAUGUCUACGUUGAAACAACGCCCAUUCCUGGGUGUAUUGUAUGGGGAAGUGGUGGAUACGGAGGUGCCAGUGCCCAAGCGCAAGCCCAGGCCCAGGCUCAAGCACAAGGCCUUGUAGGCUUUGGAGGAUACGGGGGUGAUGCACUCUCACAGGCACAAGCCCAGGCCCAGGCUCAAGCACAAGGCCUUGUAGGCUUUGGAGGAUACGGGGGUGAUGCACUCUCACAGGCACAAGCCCAGGCCCAGGCCCAAGCACAAGGACUUACAGGCUUUGGAGGAUACGGAGGUGAUGCACUCUCACAGGCACAAGCCCAGGCCCAGGCCCAAGCACAAGGCCUUACAGGCUUUGGAGGAUACGGGGGUAAUGCCCUCUCACAGGCACAAGCUCAGGCCCAGGCCCAAGCGCAAGGACUUACAGGCUUUGGAGGAUACGGGGGUAAUGCUCUAUCACAGGCACAAGCUCAGGCCCAGGCCCAAGCACAAGGUCUUACAGGCUUUGGAGGAUACGGGGGUGAUGCACUAUCUCAAGCACAAGCUCAGGCCCAGGCACAAGCACAAGGACUUGCAGGCUUUGGAGGUUACGGGGGUGAUGCACUAUCACAAGCGCAAGCGCAAGCUCAGGCCCAGGCUCAAGCACAAGGACUUGCAGGCUUUGGAGGUUACGGGGGUAAUGCACUCUCACAGGCACAAGCUCAGGCCCAGGCACAAGCACUAGGAAUUGGGGGCUAUGGAGGAUACGGAGGUUCUGACGCAUUAGCUCAAGCACAGGCACAGGCACAAGCGCUAGGUCUUAGUGGCUAUGACAGAUACGCAGGUGCAGACGCGUCGGCCCAGGCUCAGGCUCAAGCACAAGGCCAAGGGCUAGGCGGCCAUAGAGGUUAUGGCAGUGCUGACGCCUCGGCACAAGCUCAAGCAAAUUCCCUUGGAAUUGGUGUCCGCGACGGCUACGGUAGCGCUGAUGCUCAAGCACAGGCUUCAGCAGAUGCUCAAGGGCAAGGCGGCUAUGGAGGGCUUGGAAGUGCGGACGCUGCGGCUCAGGCUUCAGCGAAUGCGCUAGGACUUGGUGUUCGUAGCGGCUAUGGCAGCGCUGACGCUUCAGCACAGGCUUUGGCCAAUGCUCAAGGACUUGGCGGCUGGGGAGGAUAUGGAAGCGCUGACGCUGCGGCACAAGCUUCGGCGAAUGCACAAGGAUUAGGUUACCGUGGAGGCUAUGGUAGCGCUGACGCUUCAGCACAGGCUUUGGCCAAUGCUCAAGGACUUGGCGGCUGGGGAGGAUAUGGAAGCGCUGACGCUGCGGCACAAGCUUCGGCGAAUGCACAAGGAUUAGGUUACCGUGGAGGCUAUGGUAGCGCUGACGCUUCAGCACAGGCUUUGGCCAAUGCUCAAGGACUUGGCGGCUGGGGAGGAUAUGGAAGCGCUGACGCUGCGGCACAAGCUUCGGCGAAUGCACAAGGAUUAGGUUACCGUGGAGGCUAUGGUAGCGCUGACGCUUCAGCACAGGCUUUGGCCAAUGCUCAAGGACUUGGCGGCUGGGGAGGAUAUGGAAGCGCUGACGCUGCGGCACAGGCUUCGGCCAAUGCACAAGGAUUAGGUUACCGUGGAGGCUAUGGUAGCGCUGACGCUUCAGCACAGGCUUUAGCAAAUGCCCAAGGACUUGGCGGCUGGGGAGGAUAUGGAAGCGCUGACGCUGCGGCACAAGCUUCGGCGAAUGCACAAGGAUUAGGUUACCGUGGAGGCUAUGGUAGCGCUGACGCUUCAGCACAGGCUUUGGCCAAUGCUCAAGGACUUGGCGGCUGGGGAGGAUAUGGAAGCGCUGACGCCGCGGCACAGGCUUCGGCGAAUGCACAAGGAUUAGGUUACCGUGGAGGCUAUGGUAGCGCUGACGCUUCAGCACAGGCUUUGGCCAAUGCUCAAGGACUUGGCGGCUGGGGAGGAUAUGGAAGCGCUGACGCCGCGGCACAGGCUUCGGCCAAUGCACAAGGAUUAGGUUACCGUGGAGGCUAUGGUAGCGCUGACGCUUCAGCACAGGCUUUAGCAAAUGCCCAAGGACUUGGCGGCUGGGGAGGAUAUGGAAGUGCUGAUGCCUCAGCACAAGCCUUGGCACAUGGAUUCGGAGGUUGGCGCGACGGGACAGAGGGCUCCUCUAAUGAUGAGAACCCUGCUGCUGCUGCUUAA